CGCGGAACUCUCCUCCGGCCCGCGGAACUCUCCUCCGGCCCGGGGACUGAAAGGUCCGGACUAGCAUCUCAGAUUAGCAGCUGGCUAGCUAACGUCAGGAUGUGUGAGAGCAGAGCGGUUCCGAGCGGGAAGGUGUACCGGCAGCUGUUUGACGCCCAGGUUCAGCUGUCCAGAUCUCUGCUGGCAGGACGGAAAGACACGAGGACAGACUGUCUGUCUGCCGAGGACAGUAACACGCAGGGCAGUGCAACCAGCAGCAGGGGGCAGCAGGUGGAGCAGGAUGACGGUGAUGAUGUCAGCGGACUUCCUGACUCCGUGGUGGUCGAUCGGCCGAGCUCUGACAUCAUCCAACGACUGACGGAGAAGAAACGCAGAAAACACGAAGAAGCUCUGCAGCAGCUGGAAACAGAGCUCGCACAGCUGUCUCAGGUGAGUGAGACUCAGGUGAGGACCGUCAGUAUGGAGCUGCUGUCCUCUCUGCAGCAGGUGGACCUGAGACUGAACACCCUGAAGGACAGAAUGGAGCAGCUGCAGCACGUCAGUCUGCAGGAGGUGAAUGCUCUCUGGGAGGAGGUGGAGGAGGAGGUGAAGCUGAAGAAGAUCAGAAUCAUGGAGCUGAACCACAAACUGACUGAAUCAGAGACUCAACGAACCAACAAGAUCAGAGUUGUGCUCAGGACGUACUGCCACCUGCUGGAGAAGAUCGGCUUCCUGCCUCCACCUGACGUCUGCAGACUGAUCCACUCCGAGGCCACGAUGCUGAAUCAGUCCCUCCUGGCGAACCGGCGCAGCGUGGCUCGCCUGCUGCUGCUCCUGCAGGAGGAGAACCUGCAGCGUAAGUCUCUGCUGCGUCUGCACUGGGAGGACUGUCUGAGCCGCUGGAGGAGGAGCAGAGUCCGCGAGGUCAUAGACCGCUUCAGGUGGGUGGAGAACCCGGAGACGGCCCGGCUCGGCCCGGUGUUAGACGGGCUCGCACUGCUUCAGUAUGGGUCGUAUUUGUGCUGUAGGAGUCUCUGCAGCGGGGACGAGGAUCAGCAGCUGGUCUCGGUUCCUCAGGUGGUUCAGGAGAUGAAACAAACUCAGCGAGAUCUGACAGAACGCCGUCGGGACGUCAUCUACAACAUCUGCUCUCUGGUCCCGCCCUCCUGCUCCACUGCUCUGGUGUCUGAUUGGUUCAACCAGCUGACAGCCGUCAAUCAGCGGAUCGACGGCCUCCACGCUGACUUCCUCCAUCAGCUGCGUUGUUCUUAUGAACAGACGUGGCGGGAUCGCCUUGCUGAGGUGCAGCGCUGCCAGGAGGAACUCUCAGCUCUGCAGCUGCCAGAGGACGAGGUGAAGCACGUCGUCAGCUCUCAGCUCCUCGCUCUGAUUGGAGGAAGUCAAAGUCAGGAUGAACAGCGAUUGGCUGCUUUAGAUCUGUGCUGUGACUCUGUGGCCCGUCGUGCUCUCAGUCUCAGCAGGUGUGUGUGUGUUGUGAUGCGAGGAGCAGCGUUGCUAUGGGAGACACACAGCCGCAGGUUAGAGAGGAGAGAAGAAGAACUCCAGAAACACCUGGACGACCUCAGACGCUCUCAGCAACAGCGCAUACAGAGGAAGAAGGUGCAUCUGGACGACCUGCUGGGUGGACUCCGUCAGGCGAGCAGUGGGGACGCUCUGAAGACGUCUCUGGACAAAGCUGUCCGCUACCUGCAGGACGUCAAACACAGCUGCAGACAGUGCGUCUCUGAUCAGUGUCAGCUGUUGGAUCGUCUCCCGUCUCUCUUCCUGGAGGAGCUCGUCUCCUACAGCAGCAGCCUCAGCUCCUUCUACCGCCUCAGCCACACCUACAGACCGAGUCCAGAAGAACUGCAGAACCUCCACCCGUCAUCCACCGACCCGGAAACCAGGCCGGGCGCUGAAAUACAGAAACCAAUCAGCCGUCAGAAUGACACAGACCCCGCCCAGCCCUCUCAGGAUUGGCUGACUGAGGCGGAGUCCUCGCUACUGGAUCUCAGUGACAUCAGCAGCGAGGUCAUGUUUACAUCAUCCAGAGGUGUGGCCUAUAGUGGCCCUGCCUUCAGAUGCCCCGCCCCCGACCUGCCGGACGACCUGCAGCAGGAAACACACCUGAGCCUGUUUCCUGUGGAGCUGCUCACACACGCACUGAGCAGGACGCGGACUAUGUUCUUGGACCACCUGGAGCAGCAUUUCCAUGACGUCCUCAGCUCGGCCGUUGCCACGGUAACAGACAGGAAGGAGGCGGCGCGUUUGGAGCAGGAGCUCCAGCUGCAGCAGCUGAACCCCCAACACAUCCGGACCCACAUAUACCAACCCCGCCUGGCUGAGUUGCAGCUCCACAGGCAGCGCGUGGAUGUUCACUGUACGGAGGUGUUGGAUGUGUUGACCUCCUGCAGGGUGGACCUGCAGGAGCUGCAGACCUCCAUCAGCAGGAAGGACCAGGAGUUCACCGCCAUUCUGUCCGACAUGGAGGACAACGUCCUGACGGCUGACAGCAGCCAACGUCUGGAGGCUGUGAGCGCCACCCUGCAGGACCGUCUGGAUCAACAUAUCAAAGACACCCAGCACUGUCAGACCGCCUUCAGACAGACACUUCAGACCAGACUGGAGGCGGUCAGAAACAGAACAGCACAACUCCUCCACUCCUUCAGGUUGUUUAGUGAAGGAGGUGAUUUUGCUCCUCUGGAGGUGAAGUUGUUUCAGAGAAGACUGAAGGAGGAAACCAAACAGAUCAGUGUGACCGAGGAGUCCAUCCACUCCGAGCUGGAGGCGUUUGAGUCCAAGAGUUUGCAGCAGGUGAAGCAGGUGUCUGGUCGUUUUGAGGAGAAACUCUCCUCCCUGAAGUCUGAGGUUAAGUUCAUGGAGAAGAUCCAGAAAAUUAUCAGCAGCACACAAGUUCACAUUAAGGCUGAGGCAGCCAGCAGUAACCGGCAGCAGUCAGACAUCUGCAGCAGGCUGGAGGAUCUGAGGAGGAACAUGGAGAACACACAGGUGUCUCCAGAUCAGGUGUGUUCUUUCCUGUCAUCAAUCAAUGAAGACCUCAGGAAGUGCUGUCAAUACCUGGACUUUUCAUUGGGCCCCGCCCUGCAGGACAGCCUCUCGGCUCGUCCUAAAUCCAGGAAGCAGGUCUGGUCAGCCCCACCUCCCGGUUUACUGCAGCCGAGCAGGACGGGAGUGGACCUCCUCGAUGACCCCGUCGUGGGCGUCAUCAAGUCCCUGAACAGGUUCAGCAGGAGCCGGGAUGCUGCACCUGAAGCAGCGGAGAGGCAGGAAAGAGGACGAACGGCUGCAGGUCCGAGUCCUGUCCAGAGUCUUCAACAGAGAUGCACCGAGCCUGUCGGUACACUGAGUGUGAGGAGGGGCUGCAGGUCCAUCAGGACUGACAGAAGGUUCCAGGUUUUUGGAGCAGGACCAGAACAGAACACACACACCUUCAGCUCCACGGUGAACUCUGUGUUGUGGAAAGCCAAUGACGUCCUCCUGCUGGUUGCCGAGGACUUUUACCGCAGCGAGCGCUGCGGCCUCAGCAGGUUCCUCCUGCUUCCUGACAGUUUGGACCAAUGGGCUGACAGCAUGCAGCAGAGGCUGCUGGGAUACCAGGAACAGGCCCGGAAGUUUCUGAGCACGAGCAGAGAGGAGUUGGUGAACCACCUGUCUGUGUUGGAGGAGCUGCUACAUUCGUUACCUGCAGUUUUGAUCAGUAACCAUGAGCGACAGCAGGGGGCGGAGCUGAGAGAGGAGGUGGGCGGAGUCAGACUGAAGCUGGAGGAGACGCUGGCAGCCAGUGAGACGGAGAAGUGCGUGAACGUCCGUCAGCUGCGAGCGUCUCUCGGCGACGACGAGCUUCAGACUCUGAACAGCAGGGAGGAGCUCAGACAGCAGCAGCUGCACAGCGCCCUCUGCUGCGCACACCUGGAGCUACAGGAGCGUGUGCGAGUCAGAGGGGAGGAGUUUGUGACAUCACUGGCCUCUCUGACAGAGAACCUGCUCUGUCAGCUGGACGACCUGCUCGCACCUGCAGAAACCGAGGCAGCGGCGUCACACCAACACUAUGGAGACAGCACAGUUACCAUGGAGACGGGAGCUGAAACGGGACAGAACCUCUCCACAGGAAGCAGGACCUGGUCUGGUAUCUCGUACCUGUCGCCCCCCACCAUCAGCACUGCUGACCCACUAUCCAGUGUUACCAUGGCAACAACAGCAUCCAUUACCACAACCAGGUGCACCCUGGGACAUCUGGCUGUUAUAGAGCAGAGAGACGCUGCUGUGAAGCGCUUCGAGCAGCUGUUCAGGUCGGAGUUGUCGCGUUCAGACGACGACAAACGAAGACGACUGAGUGAACUACAGAGCUGGAACACACACUGGAGACAGCAGAUACACACUCUGACACACACACACCAACACUGACACACUGAUACACACUCUGACACACACACACCAACACUGACACACUGACACA